AUGAGCAGUUUAAUAAUAAAGUAUGGAUUUCAAAGUAUUAAACCACACUUUUUAUAUACAAAUGACAAAGGUAAAAUGUUAUAUGAGAGUAAUCAUGUGUUAGGAGUUCAAGAACUGAAACUAAUUGAUGGAUUAAGUGUAAUAACUGGUUCAGUUGUUAGGCAAACAAGUGUUACGUUAGAGCCUUAUAAAGUGAAACUUGAGAAACACUCUAUAAUUGUUGAAAUCAUUGGCAAAAUGUCAAUCAAAACGUUUGGACUUAUUUUAUUUUUCUCAUCGACUCAAUCUGAAAAUAUUUUUAGGCCAAACUUGCCUCUGGGCGAAUAUCGCAUCGUGAUUGAUAAAGUAUAUCCGUGUGAAACAACAAAAAACCAUCCGAUUCAAUAUAAUUGGUAUUUUAGUAAAAAAACAUCAAAAAUAACGGAGUUAAAAGGCAAUACGACAUUCUUGAUACCUUUCGAUGAUACUCUUACACUCGAUUAUAACUUUGCGUCUUGGGGCUCAACUGGUGGAUGGGUGCCAAAUGCGUAUAUUCUCAAUACAAAAAAAGCAUGCAGUACUAUUAAAAAUCUCGGUGGAAAUGCAUGGUAUAACUAUACAAAGGGUUUCAACAUGCCAACUGAUAAAUGUCCAUUACCAGUGGGUACAUAUAUUACGCCAGGGAUCGAUAAGAAGAAUCUUGAAGAUAUGAACUUUCCCAAAGUAUAUUUUUAUGGAAAAUAUAAACUUGUGUGUCGCUAUAAAAAUUUGAAAAAUGAAGUAGUUAGCUGCAUUGUUGUUGAGCUUAAUCUUAUGCGACCUUGGGAAACACCAAUUUGAUUACACUAUAUGAAAUAAUAAUAUAAUAUGUUAUUAACUUGUUAUGAAGACUAUGUAAUAAAUAUUUUGAACAAUCCCAACAGUACAGAUUUAAUUAAAAUUCUAAGGAAAGGGGCAAUAUCCUUUUGAUCUAUAAAUUGUACUUUUGACUAUUUAACCACUUAAGCCA